AUGGAACAAGUAAAAGCUCUGAAUGCUCUAGAGCCCUUUGUAGCGCUCACCAAGUCUGCUACGUCCCCACGGGCAGCUGCUGACCUGGUUACCCGAGCGACCUCCGCCCCGAAUACAUUCCUGUUUACAGAGCUUCUGCAGACCACACAGAUCCAGGCCUUGGGGUCAUCAGAAGACUUCGCCCCCUACCUCACCCUCCUCCAGAUCUUCAGCUAUGGCACGUACGCUUCAUACACCGGGACUCCUAACCUGCCACCCCUCAACGACGCCCAGGCCCUCAAGCUCCGCCAGCUCUCCCUCAUGACCCUCGCCAAGGACGGCUCCCUCAGCUACGCCGCCCUCAUGGAAGCCCUCGGCCUACAGACCAGCCGCGCGCUCGAGGACCUCGUCGUCUCCUCCAUCUACGCCAACCUCGUCAAGGCGACCCUGGACCCCAAGAGCCAGCUCGUCCAGGUCGACAGCGUCGCCGCACUACGCGACGUGGCCCCGGGCUCCAUCCCGGGCCUGCUCUCGAGCCUCUCCGCAUGGGCCGCGCGCUGCGACUCCACGCUCGCCGACCUCGAGCGGCAGAUCGACGAGGUCCGCGACGCCGCCGCCCGCCGCGCGGCCGCGCGCCGGGACUGGGAUGAGAAGAAGGCCCGCAUGAUCGACGAAGAGCACAACCGCUCCUCGCGCCCGGCGGGCUCCGGCGCCGGCGCCGACAACCCCGACCGCGGGCCCCAGCUGGCGUCGCUGGCGCUGGGCGGCGGCGGCGGCAGCGGCGGCAGCAGCAACAGCGGCAGCCAGAACCAGGGCUCCGGCACCGGCAUCGCCGCCCUGCUCAGGAACCAGCACCGCUUCGGGAAGCGGGGGAGCGGCCAGAUGGACACGGCCGCGUCAUCGGGCGGGCACGACGACGAGGCCAUGGAUCUGGACGAGGAGGAAGAGCCGCAGGAUGGGAAGAAGCGGUCGAGUCGGAGGAAGCUGCAGCAGGGAUGA